AUGGCAACAGCAGGGCAAGCACUCCGACUCUGCGUCCGCAGCUGUCGCCGGACACCGACAGCCCCAAGAAUCGCACCGCGAGCCGCGACACAGUUCCCCCAGCAGCAGUUCCAGAGACGAACGUUUGCCGCCAGCCCCGCCAGACGUGCGCGCGGCGACGGAGACGAAGAAGGGGUCGACAGUUCGCUUUACAGAGUACAGGAAAGCGUCGAAGAUGUGGUCAAGAAGCUGAAGCCCGCUGAGGUCGAGGCUCUGCAGCGGAUGAGGAAGAGCGACCCAUCGGCGCAGUCGUUGUCGCUUGAGGAAUGGCUCGACAGGCAGUGGACGAAGGCCGACGAGGAGGCGGAGCGACAAGGGCCGCUCGUGACAAACCGUGAGUACAAGAUGCUCGCUCCGAGAGUGAAGCCCAACAGGCAGUCAUUCUGGUUCGACCCGGACGCCCCCAUGGAGGACACUGAGAAUAUCGUCGACGAAUUCGACGAGGAUGACAUGACGUCCAUGGCCCAUGGCAAGCUCGACGAGAUUCGCGAGCACAGACAUUACCACCGCAUCAUGGCUUGGGAGAUGCCGCUGCUUGCCAAGCUCGCCAAGCCGUUCGAGCCGCCCGCGAAGGAUGAGGUGCUGCGAUUCCGAUACACCACAUACAUGGGCGAGCAUCACCCCGCGGAGAAGAAGGUGGUCGUGGAGUUCUCGCCGGUCGAUUUGGACCUCACGCCGGUGCAGGCCGACAAGCUGAGAAAGCUGGCCGGCCCGCGAUGGAACCCGGAGAAGGACAUCAUCAAGAUGAGCAGCGAGAAGUUUGAGCACCAGGCUCAGAACAAGCGUUAUCUGUCCGACCUGGUGGACACGCUUGUUGCGACAGCCAAGGACCCCAAGGACACUUUCGAGGAUAUUCCUCUGGAUACCAGACAUCACCAGUCCAAGGAGAAGCCCAGGUUCCCCGUGGAGUGGCGCAUGACUGAAGAGCGUCGCAAAGAGCUUGCUGCGUUCCGCCAGCAGGGCGAAAAGGCUGAUGCUGCCAAGGUUGAGGAGGGCCUACUCGUUGACGGCAUGGGCACGAUCGAGAGGUUCCUCGAGCAGCCGGCGCAGGCCGAGGUCAAGGAGGCGGAGUUGGUGGCUGUUCGCCGUGGCGGCGCGAAGAAUGCUCGUCGGUAG